AUGAUUUAUAUAUUUUCUGAAAGCCCUNACAAAAUACCAAUUAAUAUUCUUCGUCCGUAUUUAAAUGAAAAUUUAUCGAGUGAUAAUAUAUUAAUAGUUCGUUCAAGUUUUAUCAUACUUCAAUAUCAAAUAUUAAACAAUUAUAUUGAAGAACCAUUUGAAUUUUUGACAAAAGUUUUACUACCAGAAAUAAUUGAUCAAGAUAAACUAACAAAAGAACUUUUAUCAAUUAAUCAAUAUUUAGAAAAUAACACAAUUGAAAAACCAUUUCAACAAUUAAUUAAAGAAAUAUUCGAUGAAAAUCAAAAUAAUAUAUCAGUUUUAGAUUCUAUUAAAAAAGAAAAAAUACAAACAUUUUUUCAAUCAAUUCAAUUAGCUUAUUCUCAAAAAUCUUCAUUAAUACAACCAACAUCACCAAUAGAAAGUUGGAAUCAAGAUAAUAUAAAAGAAUGGAGUACAGAUAUUAAAUCAAAUCAUAUAUGGGCUAAAGAACAAGAAAAUUUAUCAGAAAUUACUGCUAUUAUUCAACGUGCUAUUUAUUUAUAUAGUAACUACAAACUACGUCAUGUUCAAUCGUUAUCUAUUUUAUUAUUACUUGAUAGUAAUGAAAGAGAUCGUGGACGAUUAGCACAAAUUGCUACUGGUGAAGGAAGAUCGACGAUUAUUUCAAUAAUAGCUAUUAUUAAAGCAUUACAAGGUUUACAUGUUGACAUUGUUACUAGUUCAACAACAUUAGCGCAACGUGAUACAGAAAAAUAUGUCAAAUUAUAUGAUAUGUUCCAUUUAACUGUAUCACACAAUGGUGAAAAUAAUUAUAUCUAUAUAUCAGGUCCUAAAAAAUGCUAUGAAUCAUCCAUUAUUUAUGGUGAUGUAAGUAGUUUUCAAUUUGAUAUAUUACGAGAUGAAUUUCAUUUAUUAAAUACAAGAGCUAAACGAUCGUUUGAUGUUGUAAUUAUCGAUGAAGUAGAUAGUAUGUUAAUUGAUGAAAAUAAUAAAAUCGCUCGUCUAGCUGAUUAUAUAUUAGGUAUGGAAUUCUUAAAUCCUAUUCUAAAUGCUAUUUGGCAAGCUAUUAAUAAUCCAACAUUUGAAAAAACUUUGAAUAAAUAUGCUAUUAUAUAUAAUAUUAAAUCAUUAAUUCUCGAUAAUAAUCCUCAAAUAACUGUUCCAAAACAUCUUCAAACAUUUGUUUUCUCUCAAUUACCAUUAUGGAUUGAAAAUGCAUUAUUAGCUCGAGAUGAAUAUAAACUUGAUCAUCAUUAUAUGAUUAAAACAGAUGAACAAAAUAUUAAUCGCAUAACACCUAUUGAUUAUUCAAAUACAGGUAUUAUUCAAUCAAGUACAAUGUGGAGUGAUGGUUUACACCAAUUUUUACAAUUAAAACAUCGAUUAAAAUUAACUUCAAUUAAUUUAACUACAAACUUUUUAUCUAAUAUUGGUUUUUUUGAUCGAUAUAAAAAUAAAAUCUAUGGUUUAACAGGUACUCUUGGUUCAAAUGAUGCAAAACAAUUACUUUGUAAUGUUUAUUCAGUUGAUACAAUUAUAAUUCCAAGAUAUAAAUCAUUAUGUCAUAUUAAAUUACCAACUAUUAUAGUUGACAAUAAAAAGCAAUGGAUUGAUACUAUCGUACAAAGUUGUAUAAAAGAAGCAAAUAGAAAUCGUUCAGUUUUGAUUAUUUUAGAAACACGAAUCGAUGCAAAAAUCAUUUUUAAAGAACUUCGUAAACAAUAUUCACAUGGAAUCGUUAAAUUAUAUACAGAUAAUACAGAUAUAGGAGAAUCAAAUGUUAUCUAUAGUCAAGCAACUAGUGGUGAUAUUAUUGUCGCAACGAAUUUAGCUGGUCGUGGUACAGAUUUAAAAACUAAUAAACAAGUAGAAGAAAAUGGAGGAUUACAUGUUUGUUUAACAUUUAUGCCAAUUAAUCUACGUGUUGAACAACAAGCAUUAGGUCGAACAUCACGUCAAGGUAAUCGUGGUACAUCACAAAUGAUUUUAAAUAUAGAAAAUUUUAUUUCUUAUCUUUUAUCUGUUUAUCCGAAGUAUAUUGAUGAACAUCCUAAUUUAUCAACAGAUGAUUUACAUGAGAUUAAAUAUUUACGUGAAUGGUGUCAAAAAGCUGAAACCGAUCAAUUGUAUAAAAUUCGUACAAAGGAUAUUCCAGAAAUUAAAUUAAAAGAUCAAUUAUUUCAAAAAUUUUGUCAUCUUUUGAGUAAUUUACGUGAAAUUGAUGAUGAUGAAUAUAAAUUAAAGAGUGUUAAAGAACAAUGGGGUUUAUGGUUAAAGAAUAUUGAUCGUCGAGAUAAAAUAAAAUUCUCUUUAGAUAGAAAUAUAAAAAUGGCUGGUUGUCAAUUGAUUGAUAAUAAUUCUAAUAAUUCUAUUUAUCAUAUUAUUAAUCAACAAUUACAAAGACAUACAACUGAUCAAGAAUUAAAAGAACAAAUGAUUAAACAUAUUCUACAAAAUAAAACUUGUUAUAAAGAUUUUCUAACAAAUAUUGAUAAUGAUACCAACAUUUUAUAUAUCGAGGAAACUAUUAUGAAAGCAUUAAUGAGAACUCUCAAUACUAAUAUAGUCGUUUUUACCAACUAUGAUCAAUUACCAAUAGUUUACAAAAGACGAAAUGCAAUUCAAACAAUCUUUCUAGCCGGUGAAUUCGAUGUUGUUUAUUAUUCAUUUGAUACUAAUAAUUCUGAAAAUGUUCUUAAAUAUGUAUCUGAAUAUCAAGAUGAAGAUGAUGAUACUUUAGUAGAAUUAAUUACAAUGAAAAAUUAUAAUGACAAACAUUUAUAUUCAAAAUUAAAUGAUGCUUUUAAUAAACAAGAUAAUUUCAUAGAUUAUACAGAAUUUGAACAGCAAAUUCGAGAUCAAUAUCAAAAACAAGAUGAAAUCGUUAAAAAUCCAUUCUAUCAUAUUGCUAAAGCAGAUAUGUUAAUUAUAAAAUCUCAUCAAUUUUUCAUUCGUACCAAACAAUUUGUUAGACAAAUAGUAUCAGUAGGUACUAAACAAUCUGUCGAACGAGAAAAUGCUCUUCAAUGUCUAAAUGCUGCUAUUCAACUUGAUCCAAUAUAUUAA